GCGGUGCACCAUCUAAAGCACUCGAAGUUAGCGUCUGUUGCGGUCAUAAAAGGGACGCGUUCGAAGAUAUAGCCUUUGUAGAUCUUGUUCCUAACUUGUUCAUGGCGAUGCGAGCUCGGUUUAUGUUGCAAAAGACCGAAGGGUUUACAACAAGACCUAACGAAGGAAAGAGAGGAUUCGAUGUCACAAUGGCUUUUGUUUUAUCGUUCGUGCUGCUUGUUUUAGCUGGUAGUAUACAAAGCUCACCAAUACCAGGGAAAUUUUCCUUCGAAGUUUCACUCAAGUUGGAAGUAGUUGUUGUGCGCUUUGGUGAAGAUGUGGCCAUCAACUGCAAAACCAAUGAUGCCAGUGCAAAUGUCACAUUUAAAGUAAUUCAUAACGACUACCCAAGCAAUAAUCCACAGAAGCCAGGGAAAAUAACCCUAAGCGGCACAACAGUUACUAUUCAUGAUAUUACAUUAAGGGAUGGAGGAAAGUACCAGUGCGUUGCCGAAAGAAAGGAUGGACAGAAAAUUACCAGAGAUAUUUUGCUGACUUUUGAUAUCAGAAAACCUGAAAUUAGUAUCAUCCCAUUUGAAGCAAGGAGAAUAUUGACUGGAUCUAAUCUGACUUAUACCUGUGAGGGCACGCUGGGCACAUUGACUUGGUUCAAAGAAAACAGCGGAUCCUCCAUCAAACUUCCAUCACCUAGUUUACUCGGUGUGAGUAUCACAUCAUCGUUUCACAAAUAUGGAAGAAUGAGGAAAGAGGUGACGAUCUCAAAUGCUGAUUCUUCACACAUUGGCAUGUACGAGUGCAGACUAAAUUAUAAAGGAAAAACUAUGCAAAAAAGUGUCGAAGUAGAUGUCAGAGGUCCAAGUCCUGCAAAGAUCAUAGCAAACUCAAGUCGUGACAUUUGGGCGAACGGUGACAAAGACAUUACGCUUGAUUGCGAUACCAUUGGAUUUCCUCCACCCGUUAUAACAUGGAAGAAAGACAACCAAGUGAUAAAGAAGUGCUUCGAAAACAAACCAUGUGCGAAAACUGAACGAUAUGUUCUCGCUGGGAAUAGUUUGAAAAUGAAAAUAGUGAAGCCGCGCUAUCCUGAUGAUGAUGCAGUCUUCAGCUGUGAAGCUAAAAAUGAUUUUGGAAACGAUGCAAGAGAAUUCGUUGUUGUUAUACCAACUCCUCCUGUCCUGGACAAAUCAUAUGCAAAGACCUACUUCUGGGAUCAACAGCAGACCAAGAAUGUUCAGAUCCCUUGUGUUCUUGCUGAAGGCAGCCCAACACCUUCUUUUUCAUGGCAUUAUAAAUUUUGCUGGGGUCACUCGGAAGAUCAAUGUUCCGACACUUGGCAAUCCAUUCAAGUUAUUUCUCAAGUUCAGGUUAAAGAUGAAAAUACAAAGAGUAAGUUGUUGAUACCUCCUCAAGAUAUGAUGGUGCUGAUGAAGUUCAGGUGUACUGUGAAAAACGUGGUAGGGAGCGAUGAAAUGAUUGCCAAGCUCUAUAAAACUAAUCGCAAAAGAUAACUUGUCUGCUUUCGUUUGUUGAUACCCAUAUUUUACUGUACACGUAAAUGUUUAUGAUGCUGUAUAUUUUUACCAGAAUUUGUGUUUGUGCCAAUAGCAAGCAAGGAAACAUCGUGAUCUAAUCGUAAAAUGACAAAUAUCUGGAAAUGUUAGAUUAUCAGCUCGAGAUUUCUACAGCGUGAUAGCUGACGAGGGCGUAGCCCGAGUCAGUUAUCACGCGUAGAAAUCGAGAGCGAAUAAUCUAAUUGUUUUCGUAUAAAUUUACUAGUCGUUCAAACUUAACCUAAAUCCUCUUCACAGACUCUUCGAAAACGCCAAGAAGCGGCCGUCAUUUUGUUAGCAAGGGCCCACUGCUACGCUACUCACAAUCUAUCACAGAAUAGAUAGUGAGAGCAUAGCCAAUCAGAGAACGGCAUUUGUGAUAGAAUGCUAGUAGAUUUAUACUAACAAAUCUUAGAUACCUUUUGUCAACUGAAACCGCUAGCCGGCAGCUUAGUAACUUUGUAGUACUUUGUUACUGCAUUUACAGGUGUACAGCGGCUGUAUGCUAAGGUAACUUCCUGAUUAGGAAACAUUGCCUAAUUUGGAGUUAAACAUGACAUCGAGUUUAACAGUCACGUGAUCUUUCGCACCCGUAACUGUCAAUCAGAACUCACUUUGAUUAGUAAACAUGUUUCGCAAUGCGUUCAGUUUGUUUAAAUGCAAUAUCACUUACGUCAGGCAUGGUUAUGCACGAUUUCAUUCAAUCCUCAGCAAUAACCAACUCCUCUCGAUCGCCAAAGUUCGCCUAAUAGACUGACAAACCUCAAAUGUUUUAUCACGAAUCAUACGUAUGAAUUUGAUACCCAGUUAGGUAUAUGAUAACACUGAACCCCUAACGUCCCCCUCCGUGUAAAUAUUCUUGAUUAACGUUCUAGAUUCUCCUUUGGAGAAGUUAUUCACGUUGUACACCUCACUCACCUAGACCUAGACGUUGUACACCUCACUUAGACUUAAAUUUGUCACGUUUCUGUAGAGAGAAGUUAGAAGUUGGUAACACUUGGGUUAAUUAAGCCUGUUUUGCUAGUCACGGGAUAGAAGAUCGCGUGACAAGCAGGAAGAAACAAAGAACAAUCCACCACGAUAACUUUUGCUUAUUUUUUAUUGACCGUACAUUUUAUUUCAUGGGUUAGACUCAAUAUAUUCCUUGUCGUGAAUUGUAUUUCAUUAUUACUGUUACGAUUGAUUAUUACGAUUCAUUAUUACUGUUACGAUUGAUUAUUACGAUUCAUUAUUACUGUUAUGAUUGAUUAUUACGAUUCAUUAUUACUGUUACGAUUGUAAGUUUAACUUUAUUAGAAAUAAAUUUUCCUUUUAAGUAA